GAAAACAAAAUCCAACAAAGACAAGGCAAAUUUCCUUUCUCUCUCCCAAUAAAACCAGGCAAUUUUCCAGAAAAAACCAGGAGUAGAAGAAUACAAGAGGUAUCGAUGACGGACUUCAUUUGGUGAUAAACGAACUUGAGGACGAUGGUGGGUUCGAUUAGUCAUGGAGUCAAACCAGAUUCUGUCAUUGCGGACCAUCCCAACUGAUCCCGAACAUGUGAAGGUCAUUCAGUGGGAGGACUUCCAGCACGAUCUUGCGAGGUUGGUGAGUCUCUCUUCCACAUUGGACGAAUCCAAGGAGAAGAAGCGCAACCUUCACCACAAGCUCGAGUCUCUCAUCCAGGUCAAUGUUGAAUCAUUAGGUCAGUUGAAUGAACUUGAGGAGAUGCGUCAGAAAUUGGAAUCAAAGAAAGUGGUUAUGGAAAAUAUGUCUAUACGUUAUAGGCUGGCUAAGGAGGAUGCUAACAAACAGGAGGAGCAGCUUAGUGGUGCAGUGCAAUCACUUCUGGUUGCAGGGGGUGCUCUUUCUGUAUGCAGCAGAAACCUCCAAGAAUCAAGUAGAUUUUUGUAUGAUGAAAAUGGUUAUGUUCAUAUGAGAAAACUUCAAAAGAUGUUGAGGAGGAGGCAACAACAUAUGGUAUCUCAAAUUUCAAUGCUGUAUCCUAUGAAGAUCUUGGUUGGGCCAGCACAAGAGCAAGAGCUUGAGGCUUAUCCUUCAAGUAACCUGGCAGCUAUUAAAAAGAUGAUCGUUGGAGUUUUGUUGAUUCUGAGAGAUUUGAUUCUUCAUCAGCAUCUUCAUAAGGAAGGGACUUCUGCUGGACUUAAACCAGUUAAUCAAGGAUCCUUAACAAUUCAUGGUCUGCAUUUGAAUGUGCUAAUUUUUAGGAAAUUGAGCUUUUUCACUGAUAAGAAGGAAACUCGGGAGUCUGCUACUGCCCUAGGAUAUGUUGCACAUGCUGUUUCCCUUGUAGCCUCUUACUUGCAAGUUCCUUUGCGAUAUCCUUUACGGUUGUGUGCUUCUCAUUCAUAUAUUAUAGACAAUGCGCCUUCCACAGAGCUAACAUCUGAAGCUUCAUCAAAUGCAAACACAAAUGUCAAGCAUGUGGAAUUCCCCCUUUUUUUAGAAGGUCAAGACACAACAAGAGCAGCUUAUGCUGUAUUCUUACUAAAUAAGGAUUUAGAACAGCUUUUGAAUUUCACUGAUGCAAAGAGCUUGGGACCACGCCAUGUACUUGCUAAUUUGAGGGAGCUCUUGAGGAUUAUCCAGUCUUCAGCUUUUAUAGACAACUUGAUCUAGUGGAUUUUGUCUCUACUGUAAUUUCCUUGUAAAUCAAUUUUUUUUUUUUCAAUUCUUGCCAGGGUGCAAUUUUUUUGGUGCACCUUCCAAUGUAGCGUUGUUAUAAAAAUGGAGCCGACCUUUCUAUAAUGGAUUUGGUAUUAUUUAGAAAAGAGUAUACAGUGCAGCCGAAAGUAUUGUUAUUUGGGCUUAUUAUAAAAUGUCAAAUACAUACCUGCAGGGA